AAAAACCUGAACUGCAAAAAAGCAAAACAACGAAUCAAAACCCAACAAGAUCACAUGCGUCUCACGUGUAUCAUUACGUGGUUAAAUUUCAUUGGUUGUAUCCACGUGAAGGACAAGGUAGUAUCAUCCAACAGUUCCACACCCAAAAAAAACCUCCUCCUUCUUUCAUCAUCAACAAGCUCAUCACCGACGCUGACACCACUCUCUCGUCAGCGCCUCACCGGGUCACACAAAAUUUUAAAAAGAAUCUAAACAGAAACGCUGAAAACUCCUCACAUUUCAAGGAGUUCUGUAAAAAGAUUAGAGAGAGAAAAGAAUAGAGCUGUUGCUUGCUGCUGCUGCUGCAUCAUUCAUCAGUGAGAAAGUCUGAAACACACAAAAAAGAAGAAGUACCAAGUAUGGAUGAUUUCAGAUCCAAAUCCUAUGGUGAUGGAAGGAUGCAGCAGAUUGAGAGAUAUUCUGGUGUGGGACCCACUACGUCAUCUGGGAUUAACAUCAACAGCAGCAGCAACAAUAUGCAGGAUUUCAGGAGCUACAGUGCUUCCUAUGCAACCUCAGCGCACCCAGCUGAAACCCAGAACCAAAACGAGUCCAAGUUCAAGAAGGGCAAGUCUACAAAUGCGGCUGUUUCAAAGAGCUGGAGUUUCAAUGAUCCUGAAUUGCAGAGGAAGAAAAGGGUUGCUAGCUAUAAAGUCUAUACUGUUGAAGGCAAAGUCAAAGGGUCUUUCAGAAAGACCUUCAGGUGGCUUAAAAACACGUGCACCAGAGCCGUUAAUGGCUGGUAGUAAGUAAAGUUCUGAGCUUCUUCUGGGCAUUUUGCUUGAUUCCAUUUUUAUGUAAUAAUGUUUUGAUCAAGUGUCUUUCUUUCAAUAUGGUAUUUACUAUUUGGUUCUGGAGGUAUAGGAUUUUAUGAGGAUUGGAAAUGUUGGGAUGUGAUUGUUGGUGAAUAAUUUGGUUUAUGCUUUGUAUAUUUGGGGUACCUGUUGGAAAUGGAAGCCUCUUUCCAAUUGAGUUUAUGUUUGUUUUUGUUGGGUUUCUUAUAGAUGGUAAUAGUAGUGGGGGGAAUAAGGUAUGUGAAAGUAUGUUGAUAUUUGUGUUGUGUAGUAGACUCAAUGCUGAGGCUUCCUAAACUAAGAUUUGGUGGAUUUAGAAGAGAAAAAGAUACAACUUUUUGUUGCAAUUGUUAACGUAGGUGUUAUAUAACAAAAGUUGUGUCACUGGAGCUGUGGAACAAAGUUGGGGCAGACCAUAGCCUCCUGAAUAUCUUAGAUAACAUAGUAGAGGUGGGCAAGAGAGAUUUGUUUAGUUUUACUAAUUACCAACACUCUUUUUGUUUUCCUUUCUGGGGCAUAUGUCUGCUGUUGUAUUAGGUGUGUUUCUGUUUGUUGGAGAUGGAGUGGAGAGGCAUUAGUUUUUUUAAUCUUGUGUGAGACAUUAAUUCAUCCAGGGGCUUUUGGAGAGGGCAUCUAUUUUCAGUAAAGAUGUCUCCUCCUGUACUGAGCUUUUUAACUUUAGAAUAUAUUCAGGGGGGGAGUUCUGUUAUGCCUUGUUUCCCAAGUGCUUGUUCUGUUCUUUUUGCUCUGCAAGGUGAAGAUCUCCCUCUUUUUCACUUUAAUGAAUUUGCUUUUACAGUACAAAUGGCAACAUAGAAUUUGUUCCAUGAAACAUGGAUUGAGGCUAUAAUUAGUCCAUGUAUAAAUUCCUUUUGUAAUUUUUGGCUAUAGAUUUUUCUGAAAUCUUCGCCCAAUUACUUGUAUUAGUUGUAUAUAUCUAACCUUGUCAGUUCUUUUGACAGAGUAACAGUGCAAUUUAGUCUCAUCUC